GGUACAUCUUGUAGGUCUGGUACGUACCUGUAGGUACCAGACCUCUAGGUUUAGAUGAGAGACAGUACGAAAUACGUGAAAAGAGUCGGACGGCCAUGUUUGCAAGGCUCAUAGAAUGACUGACCUCUUAAUCAAACUCUUUCCCUUUGGCUUUACCCAAGGCUAGGACGUACGUACAUGCCCUUUUCCACUCUUUCUUCCACAUCUUUCACACACAACACUCUCUUCAAACAACCAGCCGCCCGGCCACACCAUCACGAUGCUGGUACGCUUAGCAUGGGCCUGGACUUUCCUCAUUGCAUCGUGGGCAAGCAUUGUCGCCAGCAAGAGCCCUUCCGUUUUCUACGAGAUGAUGUCCGCCUACGGCAUUUACAAUAUCGCCUGGCAGUACAAGGGUGCGGACCAGCGGUACAUCUAUCCUCUCCUCGAUGCGGAGAGGGAUAAAAAACUAGUCGAGGAGUCUUACAGGCAGCAGGGACAUCGAGGAAGCCUACCCAACGGCAAGAUGAACUGGGAAGAAUUUGCUGCGGCUUGGUUCAGGGAUGACAGCAUCGACCCUAGCAGGAUUCCACCACUGGAUCUGGACAAUAUCGAGGCAACGGCCAAGGCGCUUAAAGCUGUGAAAGAGCCGAGGAUGGUGCCAAUCGCACUCGCAUCUGGCCAAUUGCCGGUGAAAGUCGGAGGCAAUGUGCAGGAGAAGAAAUAUCAUGAAUUGCUCACGGAGUGGAUGAAUAUGGUGGUGGAAGCUCGAGAACGUCUCCCUGUAGCACCCAUGAGGAAUGAUUUGAAAGCCAUAACUCUUGCGAACGAGAAGGCCAAAUUUAUUCGACUGACCGAGUUUCGGCAGACGCAAUAUCUCGGUGCGGACCUGAAAAGGGUGUUCCCUGGCAUUAGGAUCCUGGGCUUCGACGUCGCCAUUCCCGAGUUCGAGAAAAAUUAUAAGAUGGUUGAUGUAGCGAAAACUCUGAGCGACCCCGUCAACAAGCGCAAUAUGCCAGACAUCUUGGCAAAAGCCAUUGGGUGGCACCAACUGCCUUUUGACCCUGUCGACUGGAAGGAGAGGUUUCAGUUAUUGGUAGUCGAGUAUGGGCGGGAGACAUACCAACAUUCAGAAACGAAGAAACUGAUGAGUAAAAAGGAAAGGGAGGCGCAAAGGUCGGCACUAAGCCAUCGCAAAGUGUUGGAGGCUGUGAAGGCCCUCAAGGAGAAGGCACAGGAUACUCCUGCGUGCCAAGCGGAGUAAUGGCAGUAUCUGGUAGAUCCAGGAGGGACAUUGAAUACAUGUAUACCUCUAUACCAGGAGAGAUACAGCUUGGGUGGAGGGAAUGAAAAUGAGCAUGGGAUGUUUCGUCAAUCCGGUGUUAUUUGCAAGCACGAGCACAUGUACACUAUGUUAGUUACCUUUACAACUCAAUGGCUCCCUCUCGUCCAUUUUGUUUUCCAU